AUGGACGUUGAGACUCCCGUCACCUCUAGCAGUGCCGAUCGCAUGGUCGGCAUGGAGCACUCUGAGGUGCGGUACUUCACCAGCUAUGACCACCACGGCAUUCACGAAGAGAUGCUGAAAGACGACGUUCGUACGCGCUCUUACCGCGACUCUAUCUACAACAACGCCCACAUCUUCAAGGACAAGGUUGUCCUCGAUGUUGGCUGCGGUACCGGUAUCCUCAGCAUGUUCGCUGCUAAGGCCGGUGCCAAGCAUGUCAUCGGUGUUGACAUGUCCUCCAUUAUCGAGAAGGCCAAGGAGAUUGUCGCCGUCAACGGACUCUCCGACAAGAUCACCCUCCUCCAGGGCAAGAUGGAGGAGGUCCAGCUCCCUUUCCCCAAGGUGGACAUCAUCAUCUCCGAGUGGAUGGGCUACUUCCUUCUUUACGAGUCCAUGCUGGAUACAGUUCUCUACGCUCGUGAUACUUACCUCUCCCCCGGCGGCAAGAUCUUCCCCGACAAGGCCACCAUGUACGUUGCUGGUAUUGAGGAUGGCGAUUACAAGGAGGACAAAAUUGGCUUUUGGGACAACGUCUGGGGCUUCGACUACAGUCCCAUGAAGGAAACCGCGCUUACCGAGCCCCUCGUCGAUACCGUUGAGAUGAAGGCCCUUGUAACCGACCCCUGCGAGGUUAUCUCUUUCGACCUGAACACCGUCACCGUCGCCGACCUCGCCUUCAAGGUCCCCUACGCUCUCACCGCCAAGCGCACCGAUUACGUUCACGCUCUGAUCGCUUGGUUCGAUAUUGAGUUCAGCGCCUGCCACAAGCCCGUCUACUUCUCCACUGGUCCCCACGCCAAGUACACUCACUGGAAGCAAACCGUCUUCUACUUGCGCGAUGUUCUCACCAUCGAGGAGGAUGAGAAGGUCACCGGCGUGCUGGAGAACCGCCCCAACGACAAGAACAAGCGUGACUUGGACAUCAACAUCUCCUACAAGUUCGAGGUCAAUGACCCGACCCGUUACGCCGAGGGCAACUGCUUCUACCGCAUGUUAGUGUUAAUUCCGGAUUUUGACGACUCACUUCCUUCAUGGAACGCAUCCUAA